AUGGAGGAGAUGACAUGCCCUGUUACGGGAUGCAUGAUUUGGAGUCCUAUCAUUAAGAAUGAGAAGUUUUCCAGAUACCUUUCAGAUUUUAGGGAGUUGAAUUUGUUAGGAAAAGGUGCAUUCGGUUGCGCCUACAAAUGCCAGCACAAGAUUGAUCAAAACUUCUAUGCCAUCAAAAUGGUCCCAAUCGGUGGUCUAAACAAAAUGAGCUUUGAGACAGUCAUUAAGUAA